ACGGUUAAGGUACAUUGAUAUGUAUCGUAUUUUUGUGUGAAAUUCUAUAAAUAUUUUGUGAUAUUCUUACUAAAAUGUGUCGUAUAAUACCGGUAUAUCAUCAAGAUAUGUCUACUUCAUGUCGCCAACUAAAUGAGCAAUGACAACAACAGGCCACGCGUCAAACUUCAGAGACAGCGCUCCAUUCACGGAGUGCACUACCACAUCGAGAAGCGUGAAGAGGUAGUGACGCGGCCAUUCAAAAUGCCACCGCCAGAUCGUGACAUACGAGCGUAUAAUCGACAGGUGGCUGGACAUGCCUCCACUACAGAUACAAAAUUUUCAGGUCUCCUUCAAUGUAACGACGGCACAAUUCUGAAGCCGAUCCUCAAGGAAGCUCAAAGGCGAGAGGUGGAGUUCUAUGAGCGGCUGGCUACCUCCACGGAUCCUGAUCUGGUGGAAAUGAGGAACUUCGUGCCGAGGUACUACGGCUGCAAGAAGGUCACUUAUAAUGGGCACGAGCAAGAGUAUAUAAUAUUAGAAGACCUCACGAAGAAGAUGCUGGAGCCAUGCAUUAUGGACGUUAAAAUAGGUAGACGAACAUGGGAUCCGCUGGCCACAAAAGAGAAGAUAGCAAGAGAGAAGGAGAAGUACGCUCGGUGUAAAGAGCAGUUCGCGUUCUGCAUACCAGGGUUUCAGGUGUACAGUCUGUCCUCAGGGAAGCUGCAGAAGUAUGACAAGAAUUUCGGGAAGAGGCUGCACGGUGAUAAGGUGAUAGAUGCUAUCCGAAGGUACCUGAACAGCGAGCGCGGGGGCCCGGCGCGGGCGCUGGUGGUGCGGCUGGCGGGGGAGCUGUGGCGGCUGCAGCAGUGGGCGCGGAGACAACGCUCCGUCAGGCUGUACGCGGCCUCACUGCUGCUGGUUUACGACGCCGCACGGCUGAGGGUGGCCUCACCACCAGCACCACACCCCAGGUCAAAGGAAAAAACAUAUCCCGCACUUAUUCGGCGGCGAUCCAUCCAUUCAACCCACAGUCCAGCGAGCGCCGGCUCCAACUUCAGCGGUCUAAUGUCAUCAAAGGGACUUAUCUUCAAAAAGUUAAAGCCCCCACCUCUCUCGCCCAUGACCUCUGCGCAGACCAGCUUCGCCACCCCACCUCCCAUAGAGUCCACCUGGACGGACGCUUACGACAGGGUCAACCAGAGCCACUCUCCAGACCACAACUACGAUGAAAACAUAUGUAAAAUGAAGAUGAGCUUCAGAGCUACACUGGAAGAUUUGGUGGCAGAUCCCUCAGGUCCUAACCCUUUAGGUAUAGUCAAAAUAAUAGAUUUCGCUCACGUAUUCUUCAAUGAGAAGGAGGAAAUGAGACCAGACGGCAACUUCAUUGAGGGCAUAGAGAACUUUGUGAAGAUUUUCGAUGAAAUUUUGCAAGAAGUCAAGGAUCAGGAUAUUUGAUAUAUUGUAGAGUAUACUUUAGUACUAGAUAUAGUGAUAUUUGUUAAUUUAUUUGUUUUCGUCCUUUUGCAGACAAAGUCAUACUACUUUAUUAGUCUGUAAAGCAUAUUUUAUACAUACUCUAUGGUUAGUAGUUUGCUAUGAGCAAAUGAUCUAAUUACUUCAAAUAGAUAGUUACUAUAUACACUUAACAUUAGUUAUUAAAAGGGUCAUAAUCUAGUGGUUUAUUAUUUGCUACUCACAUCCCGAAGAUUGUGAGUUCAAAUUUAGC